GAGAGAAAGGUGAGAAGAAAAGAAGACAGUGCAGUCCAACUAAUACCAACCUUACUUCACUCAAGGGAGGUCCACCUCUCUCUCUCUUUCUCUCUCUCCCUCUCUCUCUCUUUAUAUCCAACCAUCUGUACUCUCUUCUCCUUUCAGGGCUCUACUUCCUCUCUGGCUCUCUCCUUUCGGAGCUCAAAAAGAAAAGAAAAAAAAAUAUUCGAAGAGAGCUGUAACCCUGAAACCAAAUCAAAUCAAUUGAGUCCUUUUGGCUUCGGAUCAUUGAUCGGUUUGUACGUUAAUGGCGUCCCCGCCAGAUACAAGCAAAACCACCAAGCUGGAGCGCUACAACAGCUACCUCCGCCGCGUGAACAGUACCAAGUUCUUAGCUGCCUCCUCCAAACUCCUCUUCCGAGUCACCCUUCUCGUUGCUCUCAUUCUCAUUUUCUUUUUCACUCUUAAUUAUCCUCCGCUUUCUGAUAACCCCCACCAUGUCCACCUGCAUCACCACCAGAACUUCAUCGCCUCGGCCUUCUACGGCAACGGCGCCACCUGGGAAAAGAAAGUCCGCCACUCGUCCACCCCUCGCAGGCCCAAUGGCUUCUCCGUGUUGGUGACUGGGGCUGCCGGAUUCGUCGGAACCCACUGUGCACUGGCCUUGAAGAAACGAGGCGAUGGAGUUCUUGGCCUGGAUAACUUCAAUUCCUACUACGACCCUUCACUGAAACGAGCCCGUCAAUCUCUUCUGUCCAAACACCAAAUCUUCGUCGUAGAAGCUGAUUUGAACGACGCUCCAUUACUCUCCAAGCUCUUCGACGUCGUGCCGUUCACUCACGUCCUCCACUUGGCUGCUCAAGCGGGUGUGCGCUACGCCAUGAAGAACCCACAGUCAUACGUGAACUCCAACAUAGCCGGGUUGGUGAAUCUACUGGAGAUCGCCAAAUCCGCCCAACCUCAACCCGCCAUUGUCUGGGCAUCGUCCAGCUCCGUCUACGGCCUCAACACCCAGAACCCAUUUUCCGAAUCCCACCGGACGGACCAACCAGCGAGUCUCUACGCCGCAACGAAGAAGGCUGGAGAAGAGAUCGCCCACACUUACAACCACAUCUACGGCCUCUCGAUCACAGGGCUUCGCUUCUUCACCGUCUACGGUCCAUGGGGCCGACCCGACAUGGCUUACUUCUUUUUCACCAAGGAUAUUCUCCAAGGGAAGCCCAUUACGAUCUACCAGACCCAGGACGACAGGGAGGUCGCCCGAGACUUCACGUACAUCGACGACGUCGUGAAGGGGUGCUUAGGCGCGCUCGACACGGCGGAGAAGAGCACCGGAAGCGGCGGGAAAAAGCGGGGCCCGGCGCAGCUCAGAAUCUACAAUCUGGGGAACACGUCGCCGGUGUCGGUGGGGAAGCUGGUCUCGAUCCUUGAAGGACUUCUGAACGUAAACGCGAAGAAGAACAUCUUGAAGAUGCCGAGGAACGGCGACGUGCCAUUCACCCAUGCUAACGUGAGCCUGGCGUACAGGGACUUCGGGUACAAGCCCACCACCGAUUUGGCGACAGGGUUGAGGAAAUUUGUCAAGUGGUAUGUUAGUUAUUAUGGAAUUCAAUCGAGGGCAAAUAAGGAAAACGGAAGUUUCGACGGCGACGGUGCCGGAGCUGAAUCCUCCUGAUCGUAAUUCCGUCCACCGAUCUUUUUUUUUUUUUAUCUUUCCUUUUUGUGAAUUUUUGUUUUCAAAAUAUUUAUGUUUUCUCUUGUCCAGUUGUUCCUUGUUGGUCUUGAUGUAGCAUAUAUUUAUAGGACAUAAAACAGGGGAAAAAAGAAAAAGCAGGAUUGAAAGAACAUAGGGAACAAAGAGAGAUAAAGGGAAGGGUUUGUUGGGGGUGUUUUGGCUGUAAUAAUGCGAGUAAAGUAUGUAGCAUCUGCGGUUCGAAUCUGCUAGAAAGGGUGCAGAUCGGCCGUCCGAUUGAUAUCAAAGAUUCGUGAUUGAAUUGAACAAGAAAAAGAUGAUAUUUCGAUUC